GGCAGCAAACGGCGCCGGCGACGGAGGCCGGAAGGCGUCGCCCAUUCUACUUCAUUCACACCCCAUUAGGUCCCUCAGCUCGCACCCCGCGCAUUCGCGAUGGCGGUGCAAUUUUGGCGCCAGGAUCCCGUUCCCGGUUCGGGGACGCGAACCAACUGCGCCCGACCCUCGAGCCUCGGUACUGGCCUUGCUGGCCUUGCUAGCCUUGGCUCGCUCAUGCUGUCGUGGCCUCCCUCCUCUCCCCUCAAGCCCCUGAACUCUCUUCCUCCUCACCUUCUCGUCGUUAUUCCUACUCCUAACGCACUUCUCAACUCACCAUGACGGCACAACGACAGUCGCGCUUCUCCAGGGUGGACCAGGAGAGCGUCAAUACGCUCCUCCAGGCUUAUACGGUCAGUGCCAUCGAGGAGGAGGGUAAUGAGAAGCCCUUCGUUGCUCCGGGCACAAAGGCGCAGCGCGAUAGAAUAUGGGUAGCCUGGACCGAUUUCUGUGAACUUACUAGGAAGAAAGAAGCUGCAAUAGACAGCCGUAGUGGUUUCGACUCCUGCCGCUUCUGGGUGGACUUCGCCCAGGAUCCAUCAAACCCAAACGUUCUGGCACCGAUCCAGACCUUUCUACAUAAAUAUGUGGAAAGCUCCUACAAGGAACGUGUCGUGCUAGGGCCUGAGGAGCGCGCCAUGGUCCGCACGGUCAACUCCGCUUAUAGCGUCAUUGAGGUUUGGCGGAGGCUCGUCGCAGCGGCCGAUUUCAAUGUCCUCCACGUUGAGCGGGCUGCGCUGCGAAGGAAUGGUCAAGCCCAGAAGGCCGGCCGGCUUGUGCUAAUGUGGGAGCAAGAAGGCGAGAAACGCGAGGGACCCGCCUAUUCAAUUGUCAGGUGGAUUCGCCAGACAUUAACCCCAACGCUCGGGUUGGAGAUGGGCUCGUCGUACGAGAAGGUCGAGGCAAUAGCAGCAGACAUUAUCGUCAUUCUUACAGCGCUGUAUCAGCGUGCUGAUGAUAUACCCGCUACGCCACUUACGAGGGUGUCGGUCCACCACGCGAUCCUUCAACUGGGUACCGGCGGUUUUUGUCCAGGCUGCCUUGAAGAUACCCUGUACAAGCAGUUCACUAUAUCUAUCGUGCGCGAUCCCGAUGAUCCGACCCUAGUGAAGCCCAUUGUUACAUACAGGAUUGAUCGGAACAAGAUCAAGGAGGCCGAGAAGACCGUCAAAUACAGGAAGAACACAUCCGUCGCCCACUCUACCACUCUCGUGCCGUUUCCCCUCCUCGAUUCGGCAAGCCUCGUGAUUGCCCGGGCGAUUCAGAUGGACGCCUUAGAUUUGGAUGUCAGCUACAGAUCCCUCAGCGAUCUUCUACAGCGUCCACGUCUUGGCGAAACCGGCCGCAUCGACAUCCCUUGGAAGGGCGCAGCACAUACCAACUGCGCCAUCCCCAUUUAAUUUAAUUUAUUCAUUUGCAUAGCAAAGCUGUGAGGGGGAACGAGUCGCGAGUCGGCGCUGCCGCGGUGGUGUGCUCCCGCUUCCGGGCCAUCGAGGAGCUGGCAGACAGGCUUCCGGCCUGUCCAUUGCGGUGGCGGCAGACACUUGCUCCAACGCGGGGAGGGUUGGUCCUGCCGCACCCCGAAGCUCGACAAUCGAGUUGAUUCGAAAUGCUAGUGUAGGCGACGGUCUCAAAACCGACGCAGUCCACGUUCC